CGGGAUGCGAACUUGACUCGAGUAGUCGUGGUCGAUGUUUCUCUUUCCUGCUCUUUCCGCCGCGGCAGUCGUCCAUUUUGCUUGUCCGUUUGUACGAGUGUUUUUUCAUCGAUGAACUGCUUGUUUACCCAUUCAGUCAGCGUUGCUUAAACAAUGGACGGAGCACCAGGUGGUAGAGGUGGAUUUCGAGGUCGUGGAGGUCCUGGAGGAUUAAUGAGAGGACGUGGUGGUUUUGGAGACAGAGGAAGAGGUGGUCCUCCACGAGGUGGUAAUAUGAUGCGUGGUGGUCGAGGCAGUGGACCUGGUGGGGGCAUGAGAGGAGGUCCACCUAUGAGAAGUAGGGGUGGUCCUCCUAGAGGUGGACGUGGUGGACACUUUCCUCCAGGGCCACCUGAACCAGGAAUGUCCAGUGGAGGUGGGCCACUACCUCUAGGGAUGGGUGGUCCUCCACGAGGUGGUAGUGGAAGAGGUGGUGGAAGUAACAGUUUUCGUAGCAGAGGUAGGGGAGACUUUGGUAGAGAUAAUCGUGGUAGUAAUAAUUUCCGUGGACGUGGCGGUAUGGACAGAGGAAGAGGAGGCUCCAGAGGAUCGGGUAGAGGUGGACCAGGUCGUGGAGGUAGCUUUUCUGAUCGUGGUAGAGGAAUCGGUGGUGGACGUGGCGGUCCAACGAAACGGGGAGGGGGCCCACCUAGUUCCAGUGGACCCUCUAAAAGGCCACGUUUUGAUCAACCUUCUUCACAGUCUUCCAAUGGCUAUGCUACUCAACCAUCCAGCCAAGGCGGUUAUGGAGGUUCAAAUAACGCUUACGGCGGUCAACAACAACCACAGCAGCAAUCGGUAGGAUAUGGCAGCAGCGGCGGCAGUUAUGGAUCACAAGGAUAUACACAAUCUUAUCAGGGCUACGAGAGUUACCAGCAACCAGAUUAUGCUCAAACAAGUGGCUAUCCAUCGUCCGCACCACCAGAUAGUAGAUACGGUGGAUCUUCCUCAGUUCCUGUUGCAGGAGGAUUCAGUACUAACGAUCCCUAUAGCUAUGGCAAAGCUCCACCUAGUUCAGCCAAUUACCAGCAGGAGGCAGUGCCAGCAGCAGGGCCGGGUGGUUAUGCCCCUAACCCAUAUGAUGACCGGUCUAAUGCCAUAAUCAACCGGGGUGGUUAUUCGACCCAACCUUACGAUUAUUCAAAUCAGGAUGGUGUUUAUGGGAAACAGGAUUAUGGUGGCAGUGCUGGUUACCAAAACACCCAGUCUCAGCGACGUUAUUAAAGUUAUCCAACACUAAUUAAUCAAUUCGCGCUCAUUAAUUCUGUAAUUAAGUAGAUAACAUUUUUCCUAACAAACAAACAAAAAGAAAAGAAAGAAAGGACGAUAAAAGAUCGAAUCGUUUCCCGGCGCAUGAAAAAAUGAUAAUUUUAAAUGGAAAAUUAUUUCCUCCCUUUUUUUUCGAGAUAUCGAAUAAUCUAGAAGAAUAAAAUGCGUUUUUUAAACUUAGGAGUCUACCUAAAACGAAAAUGCCGUUGUAAAACAAUUGUUGCACAGCCAAACAUUUUACAUUGGCCCUUUGAAAAAGAUGAUUAUAUAUAUAUAUAUAUCUUGGAAAAGUUGGAAAAUUGAUAUUAUUUUUUAUAAGCAAAAGUAUUUUUUUGCUAAGUGAGAUUUUCAUUGGACGAUCAUUAUGUUUGCACAAAAAAAAUAUUAGAUAAUUUUCUAAAAGUGUUGCGUGUGUUUUCAUUUCGUAACUUUUCCAAGAUAUUUUUGCACAUUAUUUUGCGCUCAAGACAUUACUAUUUGCUGUCUUUGUUUCGCGCGUAUGGAACGAACUUGAUCGAUAUAUCACUUGACGAUAUAAGGAGUACACACAUUUUAUACUUGACAAUUAGCGACUAUACACGCUGCAUUAUUUCACUUCACGUCGUAUAGUACGACAAUUUAAGAUUAAGUUUAGCCCCGGUUGAGCGUUUAUAUUCUCGACUGUUUUCUCUCUUCGCGAUUUAUAACAAUUUAAUAUAACAAUAAUAACUAAUUAAAACAUACAGCAAUGAUGAAAGCGAUAAUGUGAAUGUAAGACCGACGUCCUAUUUUGUAAAUAGAAACCGUAAAUAAAUCCUUUGGGAAAUCACGAUAGAUGCGUGAUUUAAAAUUGCAUAAUUUAUCCUCAAAUAUUAGAAAGAGAAAAACGUUAGUAAAAAGGAUAUAAAAAUAUUUCUUUAUAAUUCAACACUUUAGUCAAACUACAAUAUUUGUUUAUUUCAAUUUAAAUUAACUGAAAAUAUAAAUUUCACGACUAAAAAGUUAUUAAAAUUAUAUAUUUUAUAUUAUAAUUCUCUUGUUUUUGCUAUAAAAUUCUCUAUUUUAUUAUUUAUUGUAAUUUUUUCGUUUAUUGAAAUUAUAUAAUUUUAUAAUUUAUUGUAUAAUUUCUCAAUCUCUAAUUUCGUAGUUUAUUACGAGCGUCGAUAAUUGAUAGUUAACAAUAUGCCGCACUAGCUGAGACAAUCGUCAAUUAAAAAAAUUCUCAAGAUGUUAAACGAAGGAAACAUUUAUUGAUUAUUGACAAUUGACAGAGAUUGCAUAAAAAUGCAAUUGGUAGGGAUUUUUUUCCCACGGUAGAAAAUUGUGUCAGCCGAAAAGGGAAACGAGUAGGAUAAUGAAUUUAAUAAACUCAGUUCAAUACGCUUUUCAAUUUUCUCUAUCGUGCAUUAUUUUAUAUUAAUGAAUGAAACUUUGUGAAUAAUUUGUAGCGUUUAUUAUAUACGGAGAAUCAUUUACAUUUACAAAUAACUAUAUAUAGCGUAUAUCAUGUUGUCAUGUCCUGAUCUAUUGUAAGCGAUCGCUCGAUUUAAAAAUGAAAGGAACAUUGAAAAAAAUAAUCCUAGACAUCGAUAUAUA